AUGUCUACCGCUACUAUGCCCCCACCCUUGCCUGAGAUGUCCAUCGCUCAUAUGCCUCCACCCUCACCUGAGGCGUCCAGCAGUCCUAUACCUCUGCCCUUGCCUGACAGCAAUACUCCGCACAACACUGGGGAUGUCUUCCAGUGUGGACACACAGAUAUUGAACUUCAAAGUGUCUGUGGUCCAUGCGGUCAUCGAGUGGCUCAAGUUUGCAUGCCAGACUGCUGUGUUAAGCUUGUAGCAGCCGCCACUGUAGAGUUAUUGCUCAAUCAUCCAGCGAGAAAUGAAUCUUUCCGUGCCAUGAUUCGUCAAGUUAUUAUGGAGGAAGCAGAACAGGAUUACAAUGCACGACUUCAAGCAUAUGAGGCAGCUGUAGCCGCAGCCACUGAAAGCACUAACACCAUGACAAAUGUUGAUUUGACAGAAGACUCCGCCACAGAUGAGUGA